AUGGGUAGCAAGCUUGGCGCUGUUUCUCUUGCAGGGCCGCGUUUCGCGGUCUUGCCAUUGACUUUUGAAGUGUCAAGCGUUGCUUGGGCAUAUCCUAUCAUUGCUCAGGUUUCUAGCCACAAGGGACAAGGUUGCUUUGGACAUUGCCCGGUGAUGAUGCGUCCAGUUCUUAAUAAGAGUCGUCUGCAUAAUUGCUAUUCUGAGCAGUGCGGAGUUUCUUUGAAUUCUGCAGAAUUCAGCUAA